AUGCCGGCAUACCAAAGCCCCAUAAGACACCAUCAACGAGCUCCCUCGCGAACAAACACCGUCAAAGAAACGCUCAACGCGCGAACACACUAUGGCUCCAGCGAAGACGACGGCGCAUCCGUCCACCGCAUCAAUCAAUACACCAUCAAGCAAGAGAUCGGCCGUGGCUCCUUUGGUGCGGUACACCUAGCUACAGACCAGUUUGGCAAUGAAUAUGCCGUCAAGGAAUUCUCAAAAUCACGUCUGCGCAAGCGGGCGCAAUCAAAUCUGCUGCGAAGACCGAACCAAAAGAGCCGUGCGAGUAGAGGCUUCAACUCUCCGUUAAAUCGAAUGUCGACAUCCGACCGACUCACUCCGCAAGCGAACAACUCUUUGGACCUGAUCAAAGAAGAGAUUGCCAUCAUGAAGAAACUACACCAUACCAACCUUGUCGCACUGAUCGAGGUCCUAGACGACCCAGACGAGGACUCUUUAUACAUGGUUCUCGAGAUGUGCAAGAAGGGUGUCGUUAUGAAGGUCGGCAUCGACGACAGAGCCGACCCCUACGAUGAAGACACAUGCAGAUGUUGGUUUCGCGACAUGAUUCUGGGGAUCGAAUACUUACAUGCUCAAGGUAUCGUCCAUCGAGAUAUCAAGCCAGACAACUGUCUUGUCAACGAAGAUGAUAUUCUCAAGAUUGUUGAUUUCGGAGUCUCGGAAAUGUUUGAGAAGCAAUCCGACAUGACCACCGCAAAAUCAGCUGGUUCGCCUGCAUUCAUGCCUCCGGAACUGUGCGUUGCUAAACAUGGUCAUGUCUCUGGUCGAGCCGCCGACAUUUGGUCCAUGGGCGUCACACUAUACUGUCUCAGAUAUGGCAGAAUUCCUUUCGAGAAGACCGGCCUUCUCGAGAUGUACGAAGCAAUCCGCACUGAUGAAUUUUCCUUGCCCGAGGAACACAACAGAGACUUUAUCGACCUUAUGCGUAGGAUUCUGGAGAAAGACCCCGACCACAGGAUCAGAAUGGAAGAACUGAGGGCUCAUCCCUGGGUCACCAAGAACGGAGACGAUCCGCUGCUAUCGAUGGAAGAGAACUGUGCCGAUUUAGUCGACAUGCCGACCGAAGAAGAGAUGAAUCGCGCCAUCACGGGAAAUAUGAAGCACCUGUUGGUCGUGAUGAAAGCUGUCAAACGUUUCAAGAAGCUGCUAUUCCACAAACGCCCGGAGCUGAUGGACGGACUCUUCGGCCGCGCAUCCCGCAUAGUAGCACCUCCUGGAAGCAUCGAGACAAAGCACAGACGAACACGCAGCAGUAAUGCUGACGACAGGAAACCAAUUGAGCGAGUUUUGGCCGCUGAGGGUAUUCAUCACGAGAUCGUUGUGUCUGACGAGAUGGUCUGCAGUCCUGGAGAGAUGGAUGAGCCAGGAACUCAAUCCAUAUCCGAAGGUGUCGAACAUGAGGAACGCGCAGACAAGGAGGCCCAGCAAGAUUCAGUCGACCGUGCCUUGGAAACUCCUAACAAAGGUCACGCUCAAGACCCUCUGUCCGAAACAACAUAUCUCGGUAUAGGCACCGGAAGCGACUCACCAUCAGCGUACACGUCAGAAGAGAUCCCGGACAGUGGUCCACCGGCGCAUGUGGUUUGUGAAAGCCCUGGUGCGGUGGACGACAACUUCUUCGAGCGGGCCUACCAGGAAGAAAUGCAGCGUAUACACACUAGAAGAGGACGAAAGCCUACUAUGUAUCUCACACGACGUGUUGAAGAUAACAAGUCGAUUGCUGAGCACGAGAGCAUCAUCCGUGAUACUUCAAACCCUACGCCCGGCGGUCCCAAGAGCAAGUGGGCUGGUCUGGCGAGCAAAGUUCGAGGUGCCGAUGUUGUUGAAGCAGCACAAUCGGGCGCCGAGGAUGCUGAUGAGGGAAAGAAAGAGUGA